AUGGCGCCCACCAUUGAACCCCCCGCCAUCAUUGCCUUGUCGCAUGUUGCUGGGGUUUCCGAUGGGGCCAGAGCGAGAGAGCUUUAUAAAUACUUCCAACCCUCUGAGCCCGUCAACUCCGAUACCUGUUUUCCAGCCUCAAUAGCACCUGUACCUGCACCUGCAAGUGGAACUGGAACUCGAACUGGACCUGUCCAGCAGGCGGAGGAUGAGCCUCCCCGGCACGUCCCAGUCAAAUCAAACAUUACCGCUGCCAAGGUCGCCUCUCCUGAUACUGCUCUUACGGCCUUUUGCCAACUAGUAACAUGGCGAACUGGAUCACAGCGAGCCAUGAUCGGGCUCAUCGAUGCUAAGACUCAGUACUUUGUUGCCGAGAGCACGAAGACCGUGGACCUUUUCGAUACGGCCAGCCACGCCACUGGCGACGACAUCUGGAUGGGUUGCAGCAGUGUAUCAAAGACUGGAAAGCUAUGUGAGAAAACAAUAGCGGUAAAACCUUCGCCAAAUAAUAGCAGCUACCCAUCGUUUGUGGUCAACGACCUCAGCAAGGAUGAAUGUUUCAACCAAUUGCCCUUCGUCACUGGCCCUCCAAAUCUGAGAUUCUACGCGGGUGUCCCGUUGAUAACAGAAAAAGGGAUACCUAUUGGAAGCUUGUUUGUCGUUGAUGACCAGGUGAGAGAUGGGAUGAGCAAGGAAAAUAUCCAUUUUAUGGGCACCAUGGCGCAAACCAUUAUGAAACACUUGGAGAUGGUAAGAGGGGUUGAAGAGCAUCGUCGAAGCGUCAAGAUGAGUCGCGGUCUCGCCUCGUUUGUUGAAGGACGUGCAGAACUCCUCGAGGCUGAGGUCGACGUUUAUAGUGGUGAGGGAACCAAAAUCGCUGGCCAAUUUGCCUCUGAGCCACCAGGCUUUCCCGGGUCGAAGCCGAAUAGCCCACCUAGUAGUUCCAUAACCGCCCCCAUAGGUUCUCCCAGCAGCGUUGAUCGGAGAGACCGAGAACACUCGCAUUCCACUCCACUGACCAUGCUCAAGAGUGAACAGGCCACGAGAACAAGAGCCUCUCCUGACGACAAGCCGGAUAGCUCACUGCGACCUCCCGAAUACUCCACGCCCGAAUCCCAGGGUACAUCACUGGGAACAGCAACAUCAGGGAGUAUCAUCUGGUCUCGCUCUAACUAUCAAACCGGUUCAAGUGCUGAUGUCGACUUGUCGGAAACAUCUUCCCAGAAGCGUCUCUUCUCGCGUGCUGCACAUUUGAUCCACGAUACCUUUGAAGUUGACGGCGGUUGCAUCUUUUAUGAUGCACAAGCGGGGAUCGCCAGCGACCACCAUGAUCAGCCCAGCUCCCCAGGACAUGCUGACCCCUUGACCGAGGAUAGCCAGACGGAAAGUCAAGCUACGAGUGGCGAUGAAUUUCCAACUAUUGGCGAGAACGCUUCCUUGAGCCAUGAUCCGAAUAACGCACCGGCUGUUGCCACCUCACAGGCAGCGAUGUCUCCCGAUCUACCUGCCGCCUUCUCGCGGACGUCAAGAAUGUCGAAAAAGCCUGCCGAGAUAUUGGGCUUCUCGACUCCUGCUGCAACUUCGGUCCAUGGGGAUGCCCUACCCGGGCCCCAGCUGUUCAAACCCUUUCAAGAGAAGGCCCUCGACUCUCUGCUACGCCGGUAUCCUAGGGGAAAGCUAUGGACGUUUGAUUCUGAUGGUGGUGUCACCUCAUCGGAGGAGGAGGAGGAAUGGCUUCAGCGUCCGGCGAAGCACCCAGUCCAGCCCAACAAGGACGUAAUGCGACGGAAAGCUCGAACUGUGCGUGCUAAGUCGGAUGCCAAAUUCCUUUCUAAGCACUUCCCAGGUGUCCGGCAACUGCUAUUCGUCCCUCUUUGGGAUGCCGGUCGCUCGCGGUGGCUCAGCGGGUGCUUCGUAUGGUCGACUGAGCUUAGCCGGGUCUUCUCUAAGCAGAGCGAGCUAUCGUUUCUAACUGCAUUUGCCAACUCUGUGAUGGCAGAGUGGUCGAGAAUAGAUACGGAGAUCGCGAAUCGAAAGAAAGGAGAUUUUAUUGGCAGUAUCUCCCACGAGCUGAGAUCUCCCUUGCAUGGGAUACUUGCAAGCGCAGAGUUUCUGAGUGAUGAAGUUCAGUCCACCUUUGAGACGAGCAUGGUUGAGACGAUAUCCAGUUGUGGCAGGACCCUUCUUGAUACGAUAAACCAUGUAUUGGACUUCUCCAAAAUCAAUCAUUUCGAAAGCACAUGGCGAAAAAGCAGACGUGGGAUUCCUCGGUCUGCAAGUGGAGUGGCUAUCAAACAAUCCGAAUUACCUAUGAUCAAUCUCUACGCGGACAUUGAUGUCUCAGUCGUCUGUGAGGAGGUUGUUGAAGGGAUCUUUGCUGGCCAUAUUUUCCAUAGUGGCAAUACCACGAAUUUCGACAUGACUGAGGCUCCACGGAAGACUAUGCCUGUGCAAUUAAAAGGCCCGUUGCCCUCCCAGCCCGAGGCAGGGUCGGGUGCCUUCCAACAGCCGGAAGUUGCGGUCAUCUUUGAUGUCGAUCAAGAAAAUUACCAAUUUACCACACAGCCUGGGGCUUUCCGGAGGGUUGUCAUGAACCUCCUUGGCAAUGCCCUUAAGUAUACAUCCCACGGGUAUGUACGUGUCAAGCUGACCACUGCUCCAAUAGAGGAUUUCCAAGACCUGGAGACUGGGGAAGUAAUCCCAAGAGCCAUGGUUACCUUGACUGUCUCAGAUACCGGCAAAGGAAUUUCGCCUGAAUUUCUGCGAUCCAAGUUGUUUACGCCCUUUGCUCAGGAAAACGCUCUGUCCAGUGGAACAGGUCUUGGUCUUUCUAUUGUGAAGAGCAUUGUUCAUAUUCUUGAGGGGGAUAUUACCAUCGAGAGCGAGGUUGGUCGUGGAACGCAGGUUCGGGUGAGCCUGCCACUGCUGCGAUGGAUCCCAAAUACUCUUGAUCAUGGCUCCGUGACCAACGCGAGGUCCGUCGCCUCCGCUGCACGCGAACCCGAGGAAUCGAUUUCGAAGCUACGAUGCAGUCUAUUAGGCCAGAGAGUCACGCUUCAUGGGUUCGACAUUAGAUAUCAAGACCCCGUAUCCCACAAAAUGAGUCAGCUCCUUAAGAUAUCUGUCAUGAAUUUCCUCACGAACUGGUAUGGGUUGCAAGUGGUGCCUUUCGGUCAGAAAGCCGAGCUCAUUAUUUCUAACGAAGGAAAUCCUGCCGACAUCUCCAAUUCACUUCCCAGAGCCGCGUCCACCCGCCGCAAACUCUCGGUCAUUAUACUCUGUUCGCAUUCUUCACGCGUUGGGCGAGUUGCGGCCGGAAAUGGCACAAAGUUAAAUGUCGGAUAUGUUACCACGCCCGUUGGGCCGUUGAAAUUAGCCAAGGCUAUUGUUCAAUGCAUGCAGGGAUCGAAUACACCCACACCUGGACCAAUGGAUGGUGCAUCGACGGGGUCUAAAGACCAUGACUUGAGCAAUACUUUCGAAGAAAUGUCGUUAAGCCCUGCAGGAGGAGAGGUGUUGGAUAAUAGUCGCAUGGCAGCCGUUAGUGAUAAUGCACGCAAUGCAAUUGAAAGUCCCACGCCAAACGCAUUGUUCGAGAAGGCUUCUGAGUUUCCGUUCCCUGAUAUUCCUGGCCGAUCAACUACCUCGAAGGCCAAAGAUAUGUCCGAAGUUAGCAAGUCAGCUCAGCGCCCAUCUUCCAGGGAAAGUACAGGUACACUGCCUCAAAGUCCGAACACUUCCAGGGCCGGGCCAAAAGAGGAUGUCCCAAUGACGAGACCAUCAUUUCUACUAGUAGAUGAUAACGCAAUUAACCUCACACUUCUCAGUACAUCGAUCGGCAAGAGAAAACACAACGUCAUCGACAGAGCAAUGGAUGGACUUGCAGCUGUGAAGAAGUUCCUGGAUCGACAGGAGGGGUACGAUGUCAUAUUCAUGGACAUUUCUAUGCCUCUACUUGAUGGAUUUGGAGCCACGAAACAAAUCCGAGCCAUUGAGGCAAGUCGGAAGGAUAGAUCCCGAGAAACCGGCGAAUAUUCCUCACCCGUCACUCCUGCGUUGGUCAUCGCCAUUACUGGUCUUGCUUCUAGCGAUGAUCAAGCUCAGGCGGCAAAUGUCGGCGUGGAUUUGUUCCUCACGAAACCAGUGUCGUUCAGGGAUGUUAAUAAGAUGCUCGACAAUUGGGAGGCGAAUAGAGAGAAAGACACGACCUCGUCAUCUAUAUAG